AUGGCUUCGUUUUCCAGACUCGUCCGCUUCCUUGCCCGGGACGGCAAGACGUACUACGGCGAUGCCAUCCUCCCCAGCGGAAUCACGGACAUCGCGAAGGCGAAGCAAGCUCGCAUUGUUACCGGCGACAUCUUUGGUAGGCAUGAUGUGACAGAAAACGUCGCCGACAUCCGCCUUCUCCUUGCCCCUCUGGCGCCUGAGCAAGUCAAGACUGUGCGAUGCCUCGGUCUGAACUAUGCCAACCACGCCAAGGAGUCAAACAUGGCCAUUCCCAAAUUCCCCGUUCUUUUCUACAAACCGACCACCUCUCUCAGUGGCCCAACGGACCCUAUUCCCGUGCACCCAAUCGCACAAACAGGCAGCACGCUGGACUAUGAAUGUGAGCUGGUCAUCGUCAUCGGAAAGACUGCUUCCGAUGUGUCAGAGGACGAGGCACUCGACUACGUCCUGGGCUACGCCGUCGGUAACGACGUAUCGCACCGCGACUGGCAGCUCCAGCGAGGCGGCGGCCAGUGGUCUCUCGGCAAGGGAUUCGACGGCUGGGCACCCUUCGGCCCUGGAAUCGUCACCAACAAGGCCAUCAAGGACCCGCAGAACCUCAAGAUCUUUACCAAGCUCAACGGAAAGACUGUCCAGAACAACAACACCAAAGACAUGAUCUUUGGUAUCAAGAAGACGAUCGCUUUCCUCAGUCAGGGCACCACUCUGCAACCGGGAGACGUCAUCUUCACUGGAACCCCCGAAGGCGUCGGUAUGGGCCGCAAGCCCCAGCUGUGGCUCAAAGAUGGCGAUGUCGUUGAAGUCGGUCUGGAGAACGUGGGCUCUUGCAUCAACAAGGUCGAGUUUGGCAAGGUGAAGUCGAAGAUCUGA